GGCAUUAUACCUGCUACCAUGUCAGAGGUCAAACCUUGACCUUUCAAUUACUAGUAACUCGUCUCACAAUAACCUAUACUGAUCGGACAAGCUCGACCUCAUUUCAAGCAGUAGCGAUUCUGUGGCGGGUCAGCGCUGAAGUAUCUCUACGAUUGCGGUGCGAUUCGUGCCUCACAGUAUCGGUUGCAUUGACGUCUGAGAUGGCUGUCAAACUGCUCCUGACCGUGGGACUGGUGUUCCUGGUCGGACGUACUACUGAAGUAUUCGGAGACGACGUCCUGUCGCCAGCAGAAGUACCCCAGCAGAAACGGGACAACAUCGACUCCAAUGAAGUCAACAUCGACUCCAAUGAAGUCAACAUCGACUCCAAUGAAGUCAACAUUGUCUCCAAUGAAGUGGAGCGUCUGCUGGAAACCCUCGAGGAUCUGACUGAAGAAGCAAAAGAAAGAGAACUGUAUGAAGAGCUUGGGGCGGAGGGUUCGAUGGGCGCACGCAUCGAUUCUGUUGAAGAAACAUUGGAGGAAGGACAACAAGUUGCCCGUGGUCACCAGGAAACAGCAUCCAGUAGUGGGCUGCAGCGUCUCGGGUGUUGGAAGGACACUGCGAACCGCGCCAUCCCUACACUGGAAGGACAGGACCCCGGCCUGGACGGAGCUUACCAUUUACGUACUGAAGCUAUCAGGAAGUGUCGAGAAGCUGCCACCAGGCGGGGAUACACGGUGUUCGCAGUCCAGGCUGGCGGAUGGUGUGCUUCGUCGGCAAAUGCUCUGCAAACUUAUAAGAAGUACGGAACGUCCACCUCCUGCCAAGCCGACGGUGAGGGAGGACCCUGGGCAAACGAGGUCUACCAGAUUGUACCACGUACAGGAACAGGCACAGGUACAACCACAGGGCGCACAAGCGUGGCCCGAGUUUGCGAACACCAAACAUUGAUCAUCAGUUGCCCUGCUGGACACCAGCUCAACAUCGUGUCCGCCUUGUACGGCCGACUCUCCCAGCGUAUCUGCCCCACCUAUCCGACCAGCACCAUGAUCACCCGAUGCCGCAGCCCUAACGGCCUGACCCAGGUCAGGACGCUCUGCCAGGGAAAGUCCAGCUGCUCUGUGAGGGCCUCCGACAGCGUGUUCGGGGAUCCUUGUCCUGGGUCGUCCAAGUACCUGGCAGUCAAGUACGCCUGCACUGUUGCAGCCUGUGGCUGGAGACUGGCGUACAAAAUCCAAAGCUACGCGGGUGACAGCUUCAGCCUGUGGAACAGGGACUUCAACACCCCUGCCAACCUGCCCAGUGAACUGGCAGUGUCUCCGGCGAUCGGACACUACAAAAGCAGGGAAAUCGAUGGAAACUGGGCAUCACUGAACAUUAAGCAGGUGAAGGUGUCCCUGUACACGUUCAGCCCAACACUGCAAACUCGGGACAUCAUCUUCAACGGGGCGGGAAGUACCAAGCACAGCUGGUUCUCCAAGAGCCGUGUCAUCUCAUCGCCGUGGACUGACCUGAAGAGCGCACCCACCAACUACUUUUCCAUCUCAGGACACCGUGACGUGGCUUGGCGCAUUAAUAGGCGAUUCUUCAUCAACCGAAACUACGGAGGCUGCCCUGCUGAUAACGGUUGGCUGGUCGUCCUUGAUGGAAACUCGUACGGCUGUCCUUGGGAGAAAAGGACUGCUGGCACCCCGCGGAUCCUGUUUUCCAAGCGGUCCACCAGCGUGAAUUUUGAGCGAGAUCCGGGAAAUGUGGGCAUUGCUGACGUCAUGGCCAUCUUCAUCAAGACCUGUGACGGCUAGCUGAUAUUAGCUGAUAUGUCCGCCUGAGGCCAUCAGCAUACAGAGAAGUCACAAUGUAGAGCCGGCAGUCGCAGUUAGAGCAAGUUGCUGACGAUUACAAAUCAUUAUUUUAGAUGAAAGCCUUUUUUGCUAGCUAUUGCAAUAUUAGCUAUAUUACUUACGUGAACUCUGUCUACUCAGUGAGGUAGUCCUCAGCACAUGUAAUAGAUUGUAGAAUGGAAAUUCAUUUGAUAGAACAACAUAUUAGAACAUUUUCCACAAAAGAACAUUUGUAUGUUACCCACUUCUGUGUAGGUGCAACUUAUAGAAUGAAGCUGAAUG